CGACAGAUGAUUGACGAGCAAACUCGUCGUCUUGCGAUAGCUUCGGAAAGUUCACCUCUAUAUCCUUCAGCGUCGCCAGAUCAAACCGAUCCUCAAAGCGAGUCAAUAUCAAGUGCACUCCAAGGACACCGGUCGCAAUGGCGCUACGACUAAACCGCAUCAACGGGCGCGAAGAUCUCUUCGUAGGAGGCAUCUUCAGCGUCAACCGCGCCCGACUAAUCGAAGAAAGCAAGAUCACGCAUAUCCUCUCCGUCAUCAACAACACCCUCCCCGCCGACCCCGCGUUCCGCAACGUUCAACAUCUCAGCAUCGACAUUGACGAUGUGGAGGAGGCCGAUAUUCUCGUUCAUUUCCCCAAGAUGGUCCGCUUCAUCGAGCGCGGACUGUACGGCGACGAAGUAGCUUCGAUAACCCUCGGAGGGAAUAAUGCGCCCCCGACCACGAACGCGAGCGCAAAGAUCGACGACGAAACAGCAGCGGACGCCGAUGCUAUAACCGCCGCGUCACCCACCACGACCACCACCGAAACAUCACAACACCACCAAGAACACCAACAACAACAACAAAACCCCGGCGCAGUCCUAGUCCACUGCGCCAUGGGCAAAUCCCGCUCCGUCUCCGCCAUCGUUGCCUACCUCCUCUGGAAACACCCGCACCGCUUCGGGCGAUCCGACCCUUCCACGCCCGCGCGCCGCGCCGUCACGCAGGCCGUCAACUGGGUGCGGCAGACGCGUCCGAUCGCCGAGCCCAAUGACGGGUUUAUGUCCCAAUUAGAGCUGUGGUGGACCAUGGGGUGCCCUACCGAAAGUGACGACGCGGUCGAGAACCACCCUGCCUACCAGAGGUGGCUGUACAAGCGCGAGGUGGAGGACGCGACGAGGAUUGGAAGGGUGCCGGAUUGGAUUCGGUUUGAGGAUGAGGAGGCUGCUAAGCUUGCCGAGAAUAAUAAGGAGGGGGCCGAUGGGGGUGCGGUGCUAAGUCUAAGAUGCAAAAAGUGUCGGCGCACACUGGCGACGAAGCCGUUUAUUGUUCCCCACCAGGGCAAGGGGAAUAGCGAAAAAAGGGACUGCGGCCAUUACUUCGUCGAAGCGCUGUCGUGGAUGCGCCCGACGCUGGAGCAGGGCGAGCUGGAGGGCAGACUAACGUGUCCGAACCAAAAGUGUCUGGCGUCCGUGGGGAGGUACACGUGGCAGGGGUUUAGGUGUAGCUGUGGCGACUGGAUCGCGCCGGCGUUCUCGCUGCAGAAGAGCAAAGUGGACGAGGCGACGGCGGCGCCGCAUCCGGGUGGUAGGGGGCCUGGUGGUGCGGACAUGGCGGCGAGGAUGGCGGCGUUGGGGAUUAGGAUGCCUCCUGGUGCUGGGGCGGCCGGAAGGGUACCCCUGGGUGGUCAGGGGCCGAAGGAGAACCUCUGAACCACGGUGGUUCAGUUCGGUCUAGAGGUCCAUCCAUGGCUAUGCUAUGCUAUGCUAUGCUAUGCUGUGGUGAUAAUGCCAUCCAUCGAUUCUGGCUUGCUGAACCGCGAUCAGAGCAGAUCUCUUUGGAGCCCUUUGGGGCAGAAGCAAGCCCAGGACCAUUCAAUCCCCCGUCCUUCCUGACGGCCGUUUAUAGGAAGUAUCCACCCAUGGAACCUUUUGGUUUGCUGUUGUGGCCUCGCGGCUCAUCCAUCUUGGGACAUUCCCUACCUACCUACGUUCAGAGGCAAACACCCCGGAAUAUAUCCAAGUGCGGUCCGCAGCUGCAAGUCCCGUCUGUUGAGGGAAUGGGGAUAUCACCCCGGACAUCCAAGUGUGGGCCGUACGUAAACACUGCGUUAUACCUGAAUCAGCCUGGUGAUUGUGCUGUCCCCUUAGACUAGCUCUCUAUGCCUUGGGAUUCCUCAGGCUCGUGGC